GGAACCUAGACGCUCAUGGGCCGGUUCUGCCUUAUCUCCCUCCCUCCUAGUCCUACCACUUCCUCAUUCCCCACGUACUCUCUCGGCUGCUCGCUUAUGGCGAUCGAAGCUGCGCGCCUCUCACCGUCCAUCGCCGCCGCCGCCUUCCUCGCCAGCCGCCCCCCUCUUGCCCUCCGCCCGUUCUCCCUUCGUCGCAGGUUUCCCCUCCUCCGCGUCCUCGCCAACUCAUCGGGAGGGGACGGACGCGUCGUCGCUCUGUCCUCGUCUGAGCUCCGAAAGCGCCGAGGCCUGUCUUCCUCCUCUGGGGCUGCGGACUCCGCAUCUGACGGGGAUGAGAAGCUACGCUCGCUUCGUCGACUCUUCGCGCGGCCCGACGUUGCUAUUGACGCCUACAUCGUCCCUUCACAGGACGCCCACCAGAGCGAAUUCAUUGCAGAAUGCUUCACGAGGCGUGCCUAUCUGACUGGGUUCACUGGCAGUGCUGGUACAGCUGUGGUCACAAAAAAUAAGGCUGCUCUCUGGACUGAUGGCCGUUAUUUUCUUCAGGCAGAGAAGGAAUUGAGCCACCACUGGACACUCAUGCGCAGUGGGAAUCAUGGUGUUCCAACUACUAGUGAGUGGUUGAAUGAUGUUUUACCAUCUGGUUGCCGAGUUGGUAUUGAUCCGUUUCUUUUCUCAUUUGAUGCUGCUGAAGAACUGAAGGAUUCAAUCGCCAAUAAGAAUCAUGAGUUAGUUUUGGUUCAGGGCAUGAACCUAGUUGAUGAGAUAUGGGGAGAUGCAAGGCCAAAUCCCCCAAAAGAACCAACUAGGGUGCAUGACAUCAAAUAUGCUGGUAUUGAUGUGCCAUCAAAGUUGUCCUUCAUUAGGUCACAACUUGCUGAAAAUGGGUGUGAUGCUGUGGUAAUUUCAAUGCUCGAUGAAGUUGCUUGGUUGUUGAACAUGAGAGGAAGUGAUGUCCCACAUUCACCAGUAUUUUAUAGCUACCUCAUUGUGGAGGUUAGCACUGCUACACUAUUUGUAGACAACAGCAAAGUUUCUAAAGAUGUUCUGGAGCACCUUGAGCAAGCUGGUGUGAAACUUAAGCCAUAUGAAGCAAUUAUUUCUGAAGUAGAAAGAAAAAAGAUCUUGCGACAAUUCAAUAGGGAAAAUAUAAUUUUUGCAAUGUUGCUGUUGAUCAAAACAUUGAUCGCUUUGUCAAGACUGGCAGAGAAAGGUGCAAAGCUCUGGUUGGAUUCUUCAAGCGUGAAUGCAGCCAUAAUUACUGCAUUUAAAUCAAGUUGUGACAUGAAAAAGAAAGGAAAAGCAGGUGAAGAAGUUGGAGAAAAAGAAGCAUCUUCAAACGACCGGAUAACUGGAGAUCCUAGUGUCCACAAUGGAGUCAUAAGUGCUGUAUACAAUGUUUCACCGGUUGCACUUGCCAAGUCAGUUAAAAAUGAUGCAGAAAUUGAGGGAAUGAAGAAUUCACACUUAAGAGAUGCUGCUGCUUUAGCAGAAUUCUGGUGCUGGCUGGAGGAGGAAAUCUGUAAAAGUGUGCCCCUUACAGAGGUGCAAAUUGCUGAAAAGCUUCUUGAGUUUCGUCAAAAGCAAGAUGGAUUUAUCGAGACAAGCUUCGACACUAUAAGUGGUUAUGGUGCAAAUGGUGCUAUAAUACACUACAGACCAACCCCAGAGAGCUGCAGCUCUGUAGGAAGUGACAAUCUGUUUUUGUUAGAUAGUGGUGCUCAAUACAUUGAUGGAACUACUGACAUAACCAGAACAGUGCAUUUUGGUGAGGCUUCCCCAAGGCAAAAGGAAUGCUUCACCAGAGUUUUGCAGGGCCAUAUAGCUCUCGAUCAAGCAGUGUUCCCUGAGAGAACUCCAGGCUUUGUGCUAGAUGUUCUGGCACGGUCAUCUCUGUGGAAGAUUGGACUGGAUUAUAGACAUGGCACAGGCCAUGGAGUUGGAGCUGCGCUAAAUGUCCACGAGGGACCUCAGAGCAUUAGCUAUCGAUAUGGGAAUUUGACAGCCUUACAGAAGGGCAUGAUUGUCAGCAACGAGCCUGGUUAUUAUGAGGACAACUCAUUUGGCAUUCGUAUCGAGAAUUUACUUCUGGUAAAGGAGCUUAAUCUGGCAAAUUCGUUCGGUGGAAUUUCAUACCUUGGUUUUGAGAAACUAACCUUUGUUCCAAUUCAGAGCAAGCUUAUUGAGUCAUCCUUGAUGUCACCUUCGGAGAUCAAUUGGGUCAAUGAUUACCACGAAGAAGUCUGGGAAAAGGUUUCCCCUUUGUUGAGUGGCCAUUCUCGCGACUGGUUAUGGAAGAACACUCGACCUCUUUUAGAUGUGUAAUAAUAACUCAACGCACAGCACGGCUUGACUGCGUAAGUGAAAGAAAUGAACAGACAUGUUUGGCUGGAGCAUCUCUUGAAGAUCUGAUGGCCUUCAAUGGAAUGCAACUAUAUGGCAGUAAACAGAGGCAAGACAAUAGAUGCGUAGGCUGGCCAGGGUUCAGCGGAUGAUAGGUUGAGGCUGGUGUAUUUGACAUCCAGCCAAUUUGGUGCAACACUUGAAAAAUGAAUUACAUGCAAGCCUUUUCUAUUUAUUACACUAUCGACGACACCGUCCAUUGUUUGAUGAAUUUAUUAUUUAUUACAUUUGGUACCUUUUUUUAUACAAAAAAACAUCUUUUUAGAGUGAUGAAGCCAUUUGAGACCAUGGUUUCGUAUAUGGAA